AUCUCCACCAAUGCAGAUUGCAAUUCAUCCAUGCCUUCCCAUCUUUUUUGACUCUAGUCCGUGUCUUCCUAUAAUAUAUGAGACAAAUUUGUGGCAUGAACUUAUCAUUAGUCACUUCCUAUUUUGGAAAGUAACACUUCACGAUUUUUGGAAACUGCUUACUGCAGUCGUCAUCGCACAUAAGUAAGAGAAAACCAGUGGGAUGAGCAUAGUAUCAGGGUAAAGAAGGAAGACAAGAGAGGUUGGAACCCCAGUGGAAGAUCUCCAUCCCUUUCUUAGCAGACUGUGAGGAGGAAGACUUGAAGACCAGGAGACCCUGGAUGAGCUGGGAGAGGACAGCAACACCAGUGACCUCAUCGGCUCCAACACAACUCCAAAGGGAAUGUUGCCAUCCUUUUCCCAGCCAGGUCCCAUUUCCUUCCCACAGGGUCCAAUGGGGACAUCUGUGCAACUUUACAAAUCGAAAGCAUACCUGCAGAAGUUCUUGAAAGGGGAGCCCAAGGUGCUGGGGACUGUCCAGAUCAUGAUCGCCCUGAUGAACUUCACUUUGGGAAUGGUUCUCAUUUUGGUUCCUAUGAAAACUUAUUAUGUGCAUGAAUAUUUUCUUCUUCAUACUGGCUACAUAUUCUGGGGAACAGCGUUUUUCAUUAUCUCUGGCUCCCUCUCCAUUGCUGCAGAGAACAGAACUGCAAACACUCUGGUCCAAAGCAGUCUGGCAAUGAACGCUGUAAGCUCGGUGGCAGCAGGGCUGGGAAUCAUCUUUUUCUCAUUCAACUUGUCAAUGACAGAUUCACUCCAUUAUUUUUGUGACUAUGAAAGUUCCUCUGAUUCCUGUUUUUUGGGCAUGUUUAUAUUGAUGGGAAUCAAUGUGAUACUACUGAUCCUAGCUAUUCUGGAACUUGCCAUCUCCCUCGCAGUAUCAAGUUUUGGCUGCAAAGCCACCUGCUGUAGUCAGAGUUCGGUCACUCUUAUCAUGUCUCCUCCACCCUACGUACCAGAGAACCCAGGUGCUAAGGCCUCCUUAGGAGAGGCAAUGCUUCGAAGCACAGUUUCUGACACCAGUGCAUUGCCUGGAAGCCAUCCUGACAGUUUCAUAUAAAACAAAUGCUUUCGCAUCCCUAGGGAAGGCUCCUUCCAUUACUGGCUGUUUCCCAGUGAAACAUAGAGCAAAGUGACUCUAUUUUCUGGAAUUCUUUGUUCACAGUUACCUUCAGCCUUGGCCAUGGGCUAAUCACAUCUGCUUUCUCAUUUUUCACAACAACCUGAUUAUCUCAGUAUUUGCUCACAAUAAUGUCAGCAAAAAUGUCAGUAAAUCAUAUUUUUCUUUGGCUGUAUCAAGCCUAGCCUGUUGAAGCCUAUGAAUAUUGGGAAAUAGGGUCCCUAGAAGAUAAGAUAAGGGAAGAAGAAGAAAUGGAGAUGGCAGCACAAAACUAGAUCCUUUCCCGUCCUCCACAAAUGAAGAUUCUUGACCUUUGGAAUUUUCUCCUGCUUUUACCUGACGACGUCCCGUGAUUCUGCCUCCAGUAGUCUGGGUUCCAUCACCUUUGCUCUUUGACCUCUCUGUUUGCUCCUCCAGCACCUUGGCCAUUAAAGAAAAUACCUCCUUUCUACCCUG